AUGUCGGUUUUCCUGGUUUUGAUUUAUAUGAUCGCUACAGCAGGAGACUUGUAUGAAGGUGUCUUGGCUGCCUCAAUUUCCAAUGCCGCCCUUCGUGCAGUGUUGCAGGAAUCAACCGAAAUGCUUUUGACUUUAGAAACGACAGAACCUGUCCUGUCAUCUGAUAGGUUAAGUUUUACUGCUGGUUCAGCGCCCUCUGUUUUUCCAUCGUUUUCCAUUAACCCCUACGAGGGGCUAAACCCCACAUCUUCAAGCCCUUACGUAUUCGCUUACAAAUCCUUAACGGCUGCUGAAGAAUGGACGCUGACAACCAAAGAGACAAACGUAGAAAUUACAGCUUCGUUGACGUCGAUACAUGCACAUGGCACGACUACAACAGGUAGUCAGCUUGCAGCCACAGAGGCGAUUUUGACGUCAACUCUCAGCAAUGUACUAAUCACUACUGGUCGAAUAUCGAACCCAUUUACCCUGGCUCAAAAGAGGUUAACACCGAUUGUGACUGAUAUACAGAGCUUAACCAGUAAAACACUGAGUCCAUUUAGAGCUGUCCAAGAGACGCUGAUGCCGACUGUGACCCAUAUACCGAACAGUAGGAGUCAGUCAUUGGGUCAAUUUGCUGUUGAACAAGGAACGUCGACACCGAUUGUAGCCCAUUUACAUAACAAUGCGAGUCAAACAAACGAAACAAACAACCAGUCAUUGGCCACAGAUCACAUGACAACGAUACUACCUUCAAGCCAGAUGUCUAAUAUUACCAGCGAAGUAAACAACCAGUCAUUGGUCCCAGAGCUCAUGACGGCACUACCUUCUAUCCAGAUGUCUAUAAUUACCAGCGAAGAAAACAAACAGUCAUUGGUCACAGAGCUCAUGACGACGCUACCUUCAAGCCAGAUGUCUAAUAUUGCUAGCGAAGUGAACAACCAGUCAUUGGUCCCAGAGCUCAUGCCGACGCUGCCUUCAAGCCAGAUGUCUAAUAUUACCAGCGAAGUGAACAACCAGUCAUUGGUCACAGAGCUCAUGACGACGGUACCUUCAAGCCAGAUGUCUAAUAUUACUAGCGAACUGAACAACCAGUCAUUGGUCACAGAGCCCAUGACGACGCUACCUUCUAUCCAGAUGUCUAUAAUUACCAGCGAAGUGAACAACCAGUCAUUGGUCACAGAGCUCAUGACGACGUUACUUUCAAGCCAGAUGUCUAAUAUUACCAGCGAAGUGAACAACCAGUCAUUGGUCACAGAGCUCAUGACGACGCUGCCUUCAAGCCAGAUGUCUAAUAUUACUAGUGAAAUAAACAGCAAGAUAUUGGCCACAGAGUCCAUGACGACACUUCCUUCUAGCCAGAUGUCUAAUAUUACCAGCGAAUUAAACAGCCAGUCAUUGGUAACAGAGCCCAUGAUGACACUACCGUCUAGGCAGAUGUCUAACAUUACCACCGACAUAAACAGCCAGAUAUUGGUCACAGAACCCCUACCGACCACGUCUUUUGCAGAUCCCAUGACGACUCAGCCCUACAACCAAAUAUCUAAUACUGCCAACCAAACAGAAUCAGAAGAAAUGGUGACAUCACAUGUCAAACAUAUGUCAAAACUCUCCAUAGAAACGCCAUACAGUCUACAGCCUACCUGGAAUUCACACCAAGCAGCAUCUGCACCACUGACAGUGUGGACCACCAAUGGACAGCAUAUGACGGACACGGUUUUAACUACUUAUACAGUGCCAAACCUGAAUACAUCGUUUAUCACCAAACUGCACACAUUCGCCCAAAACGACUCGACACCCGUUCAUGCGUUGACGUCGCCCUCCACGGAUACACCAGCUACCACCAGGCCAUCAACUACCACAACGGGGAGUUUUAAAGUCUGA